CGGGAGCGGAGAGCGCCGGCUGCUCGCCUAGAGGCUGCCCGCGCCGCCCUCGCCGGCGCCAUGGACGCCUUCUGCGGCUCCCGCUUCUGGGAUCCCAACGUCACACUGCAUACUGACACACCAGACCUAACACUGUGUUUCCAGAAUACGGUCCUGGCAUGGAUCCCGUGCUUCUAUCUUUGGUGCCUCUUGCUGUUGUACUACUUUUAUCUAAAACGCAACAAUCGAGGCUACAUUGUACUGUCUGUGCUGUGCAGGUUUAAAACGGUAUUUGCUUUCCUGCUUUGGUGUGUUUGCUGGUCCAAUCUCUUUUAUGCUUUCCAUGGAAUUGCUCAAGGCAGAACACCACCAACCGUGUAUUUUGUAACACCCUUAAUUGUUGGCAUCACAAUGGCGCUGGCAAUGUUGCUCAUCCAGUACGAGAGGCUUCACGGGGUCCAGUCCUCGGGGGUUCUCCUCAUCUUCUGGUUCUUGUGUGUGCUGUGUGCCGUGGGUCCUCUGCGGUCCAAAAUCAUUGGGACUUUUGCUCAGAACCAAAUGGAAGACAGAUUUAGGAAUACCACAUUUUACAUCUAUUUUGCACUGAUCCUCAUUGAACUGAUUCUUCACUGUCUUCAGGAAAAGCCUCCAUUUUUCUCUCCAGUAAACCUAGAUCCUAAUCCCUGCCCAGAAUUAACUUCGAGUUUUCUUUCGAGGAUAACAUUUUGGUGGUUCACAAGUAUGGCAAUCCAAGGAUAUAAGAAGCCUCUUGAAGAUAAGGAUUUAUGGUCUCUGAAUGCAGAUGAUAAAUCUGAAGUAGUUGUACAAAGGCUCCAGAAGGAAUGGGAUAAACAAACACAUGCAAUGCAACAGAACAAAGAGGUAUCCUAUACAAAAAGCUCUAGCCAUGUGACCAACCAUACUGGUGAUGACCCAGAGGAAACAGAAGUCCUAUUAAGUGAUAACACAAAGCAGAAAGAGCCGUCCUUUCUCAAAGCCUUAAUCAGGUCCUUUGGUCCUUAUUUCUUAAUUGGUUCCUUCUUCAAAUUGAUCCAGGAUCUGUUGUCCUUUGUCAAUCCCCAGUUGUUAAGCAUGCUAAUUGGCUUCAUUAAGAAUAAGAGUGCUCCCCUAUGGUGGGGAUAUCUGAUUGCGACUUUGAUGUUUUUCUGUGCCGUGCUGCAGACAAUUAUCCUUCACCAGCAUUUCCAGUACUGCUUUGUUACUGGAAUGAGACUGAGAACUGGCAUCGUAGGGAUGAUCUACAGAAAGUCCUUGGUCAUCACCAAUACAGCAAAACGCUCCUCUACUGUUGGAGAAAUUGUCAAUCUGAUGUCGGUGGAUGCCCAGCGGUUCAUGGAUCUGACGACCUUCCUAAAUAUGUUGUGGUCUGCCCCGCUGCAGAUAUGCCUUGCCCUGUACUUUCUCUGGCAGGCUCUAGGUCCCUCGGUGCUGGCCGGAGUUGCUGUGAUGGUCUUACUCAUCCCGUUUAAUGCUGUCAUCGCUAUGAAAACCAGAGCAUUCCAGGUGGAACAGAUGCGCUACAAAGAUGCACGCAUUAAGCUAAUGAAUGAAAUUCUAAGCGGCAUAAAAGUACUCAAGCUGUAUGCAUGGGAACCGUCCUUUGCAGAAAAGGUGCUGGAGAUACGAAAGAACGAACUCCGUGUUUUGAGGAAAUCUGCGUACCUCAAUUCUUUGUCAACCUUUGCAUGGAUCAGUGCACCAUUUCUGGUUGCCCUGACCACUUUUGCUGUUUUUGUCAGUGUGGAUGAAAACAAUAUCCUAGAUGCAGAGAAAGCCUUUGUGUCUCUCUCCUUGUUUAAUCUCCUGAGAUUCCCACUCAACAUGCUUCCUCAGGUUAUCAGCAACGUGGCACAGGCAAGUGUUUCUCUGAAGAGGAUCCAGCACUUCUUGUCCCAUGAUGAGCUUGAUCCAAACUGUGUGGAAACCAAGCUAAUUACUCCAGGGUAUGCCGUCACUGUAAGCAAUGGAACAUUCAGCUGGGCAAAGCACCUUGAGCCAGCUUUGAAAGACAUAAAUUGGUUGGUCCCCAGUGGUUCUUUGGUGGCCGUUGUUGGCCAUGUCGGCUGUGGAAAGUCCUCCUUGGUGUCUGCUCUUCUUGGUGAAAUGGAAAAACUCCAUGGGGAGGUAGCUGUGAAGGGUUCAGUUGCUUAUGUGCCCCAGAUAGCCUGGAUCCAGAACGCCACACUGAAGGAUAACAUCUUGUUUGGCCAGCCUUAUACUGAAAAGAAGUACCAAACUGUCAUAGAGGCAUGUGCCUUGAAGCAAGAUCUUGAGAUGCUUCCUGGAGGGGACCAGACGGAGAUAGGUGAGAAGGGCAUCAAUCUUUCAGGUGGCCAGCGGCAGCGAGUGAGCCUGGCCCGUGCCGUGUUCAGUGAUGCCGAUAUUUAUUUGCUAGAUGACCCUCUUUCAGCUGUGGAUUCACAUGUAGCCAAACACAUCUUUGACAACGUUAUUGGACCAGAAGGAACACUUAAAGGAAAAACUCGAAUUCUGGUCACCCACAGCAUCCAGUUUUUGCCUCAGGUGGACCACAUUCUGGUUCUUGUGGAUGGUAAAAUCUCCGAAAUGGGGUCCUACCAGGAGCUUUUGAAGCAAAAUCAGUCUUUUGCAGAGUUUCUCCACAAUUAUGCCCCCGAUGAAGACAUAGAAGAAGAUGAGCCAACAAUAGUGGAGGAUGAGGAAGUCCUGCUUGCUGAAGAUACACUCAGCAACCACACAGAUCUGGCAGAUAGUGAACCAGUGGCAAAUGAAGUCCGCAAACAGUUCCUCAGGCAACUCAGCGUCAUCUCUUCCGAUGGGGAGUGCCCUAACAAAAUGUCAACAAAAAGGAAGGUGUGUGAGAAAAAGCCACCCGAGCCUCCUGUCCCGAAGAAAGGUCCUUCUGAGAAACUAAUCCAAGCAGAAAUCAUUGAAACAGGCACGGUCAAGCUGACAGUUUUCUGGCAAUAUAUGAAGGCAGUUGGCCCCUUCAUUUCCUUAUUUAUAUGUUUCCUGUAUGCCUGUCAAAACGGUGCCUCCAUUGGGGCCAAUGUAUGGCUCAGCGACUGGACCAAUGACCCCGUGAUAAAUCACACUCAGCACAAUGUGAGCAUGCGAGUCGGCGUCUAUGCUGCCCUGGGUCUCUUGCAAGGGCUCCUGGUGCUGAUCUCCUCUUUCACCUUGGCCCUGGGUGGCAUCAGAGCGGCUCGCACUCUCCAUGCAGCCCUGCUGGAGAACAAGCUCCACACCCCACAGUCUUUCUAUGACACGACGCCAACUGGCCGCAUUAUCAACCGCUUCUCUAAGGACAUCUAUGUGAUCGACGAAGUCAUCCCGCCAACUAUUCUGAUGUUCCUGGGAACCUUCUUUACCUCGGUGUCAACGAUGCUUGUGAUCAUAGUUAGCACCCCGCUCUUUGCUGUGGUGAUCGUGCCGCUGGCAAUCCUGUACUUUUUUGCCCAGCGGUUCUAUGUAGCUACCUCUCGCCAGUUAAAGCGGCUGGAAUCCAUUAGCAGAUCCCCUAUAUACUCACAUUUUUCGGAAACUGUCACGGGAGCGAGCGUCAUCCGAGCUUACAAAAGAGAGAAGUCUUUCGUUUACAUCAGUGACACAAAGGUGAAUGACAAUCAGAGAAGUUACUAUCCUGGGAUUGUAUCCAACAGGUGGCUGGGUGUUAGAGUUGAAUUUGUAGGAAACUGUGUCGUAUUUUUUGCAGCCCUUUUUGCUGUAUUGAGUAAAAACAACCUGAGUCCUGGCCUGGUUGGACUUUCUGUAUCUUAUGCCUUACAGGUAACACUGUCUCUGAAUUGGAUGGUACGAAUGACCUCUGAUCUGGAAAGCAACAUCGUGGCUGUAGAAAGAGUGAAGGAAUACUCAGAAACUGAAACUGAGGCUCCCUGGAUAAUUGAAGGCAAAAGGCCACCGGAUGACUGGCCCACCCAAGGGGAAGUGCAAUUUGCAAACUAUUCUGUAAGGUAUAGAAAAGGCUUGGACUUGGUGUUGAAAGACCUCAGCCUGAAUGUGAAAGGCGGAGAGAAGGUUGGGAUUGUUGGAAGAACCGGAGCUGGCAAGUCUUCAAUGACACUCUGCCUCUUCAGGAUCCUAGAGGCCGUGGAGGGUGAAAUCAAGAUCGAUGGGCUGAGAAUUGCAGAUAUUGGCCUUCAUGACUUAAGGUCUAAGCUGACUAUCAUUCCUCAGGAUCCUGUUCUUUUUUCUGGAACACUUCGAAUGAAUUUGGAUCCAUUUAAUAAAUAUUCUGAUGAAGAAAUAUGGAAUGCUCUUGAACUGUCCCAUUUGAAGAGGUUUGUUAGCAGUCAGCCAACUAUGCUGGAUUAUGAAUGCGCAGAAGGAGGAGAAAACCUUAGUGUUGGCCAAAGGCAACUUGUUUGCUUGGCACGUGCUCUCCUGCGCAAAACAAGAAUCCUUAUUCUGGAUGAAGCGACGGCUGCAAUCGACCUUGAAACGGAUGACCUCAUUCAGAUGACCAUAAGAACACAGUUUGAGGACUGCACUGUGCUAACAAUCGCUCACAGACUGAACACAAUCAUGGAUUAUACCAGAGUCCUUGUUCUUGACAAAGGAACAAUUGCUGAAUUUGACACACCCUCCAGACUUAUAGCAUCCAGAGGAAUUUUCUAUGGUAUGGCCAAAGAUGCAGGAUUGGCAUAACAGGAUAGUUCCUACAUAUCAUCAAAGGACUUGUUAUUGGGGUGUGGGUUUGGUUUUUUUUAAACUCCAAAGCAAUAUGCGAAUGUACUGUACUUUUCAAAACAGCAUUUCUACCAGAUUAUGAUACAGGAGCAAACUUGUGAGGACCAGAAAAUUUAAUUUUGUAUUUUUAUUUUCUACAUACUGAAGUAUUUUUUUAAUUGACAAACAUCCUGGUGACACAAUGGAUGUGAAUAUAUGUGUACUAUGUGCACAUACAUAUGCAUAGCACUUAACUGUAUUCUGUUUUAUUUCUAGUAAAUUACACCUGGUGAUACAAAAAA